AUGCGAGAGCAGAGACAUGCUUCAGAUGCGCCAUGUUCAGCUGGUGGGAUGGCGGCCGCCGUCAAGCUGCCGGUGGCAGCUCUGCCACAUUCCUGCUGGCUCCGAAAAUAUGUUUUCCUCUGCACAGCAUGUGGAGGACUGUCUGUACUCUUGGGAAUACUGUUUCUCACAGUAUACUUCAUGCUACGAUCAUACACUUCUUCACUGAAUUACUUUGAGACUGUACCAACUUAUGUACCAGCAACUAUGCUCAUUGUCACUGGAUUAAUUGUGAUGUGUUUGGCAAGUAGGAAGAAUCGUUACGAAUACCUGAUCAAGCUGUGUGGGAUAUGUUGUUUUGUUGGCGGUGUGCUGUGUAUUGUGGUGACCAUUAGCACAACAGUUAUACAUAUGAGUAGGCUCCAAACUCUACGUGAAUGUAUGUACACACAAAAGACACAGACCUGCACAUGCUAUUCUGCUUUGCUACAGUCAUCAGACAAAACGGAGGAGGGUGAGUUCCUUUAG